AUGGAUUCAAUGCGGUCACUCAAUAAAUCACUUCCGUCUACGACUACAGCACAGCCUCCGGAGCUACUCCUGCAAGCAUUCAAAACCGCUGCCCUAUCCGUUACCAACCUCUACAAGAAUGCAGUAUCGGACCAAGCUCAGUCACGGCAACUUGGAUACCAGGACGCACUCGAAGACCUCCGAGCUUUCUUGGAUAAGGAGAAAAUAGGUUUUACAGAUGGCGAAGGACAGAAGAUCAGGAACUGGGUCAUGGAUAAGAUCGAUAUGACUGGAACGGCUUCAAACGACAGUGAUGAUGAUAAAGUCGACACCGACAAGGCCAACCGAGCAGCGUCACCGGCUGCUGUACGCAAAACGAAUCCUGAUACCGCUGCCUCGAAACCACAACCUGAACCUGCUCCGUCAAGGCAGCCCUCCGAGACCCCUACGCCCCCAUCAACGUCCAUACCCUCUGAGCCUAUUGCUAUAGUGCCUCCCCGGACGGCGGCCUUCACUUUCACCGCCGGUCAGAGCCUCCCCAUGCAAGAGGAUAUCGAUAUGAAAGCCGGCAUGGAUAGCUCUCCCUCGUUAUCAGGCGACCCACAGAUCACCACCUCACAUCCGUCUCAUCCCCCGGUCAGGCUAGAAGUGCAUGCCCGUCCACCUCGAACACCACACCGCCACGGAAGCGGGAACCGCCAUAACCCUCGCUCUAUCAACCGGGAUCCCACGCCCGGCGCUGGAUCGAAACGGAAAUUCCAUUUUGGCGAAUUUUUUGAUAUCUCGAAUCUAGGAAACGGCCGAGAUCCGUUCGGCGGACCGAAACGAGGCCGCUUCUUAUAG